AUGCUCGAGCAGAGGACCUCCCCUGGGACGUAUGAUGCCACAGCACCAGAAGAAGAGGAAGAGCUUACGGCAGAGGAAAGGAGGAAACUGGAAAGAAAAUUAAAGAAGGAGCGCAAGAAGAAAGAAAAGCAGCUGAUGAGGGAAGCUGGAAUCUCUACUAAAAAGGCAGAGCCCCAGAAGCCGUCGGGGUCCGAGCGGGCUCUGGCCUAUUUAACCAGCUGGUCUGAAACCCCAGAAGAAUGGAAGUUCCAAAAGACAAGACAAACCUGGCUCCUCUUGCACAUGUAUGAUAAAGAGAAGGUUCCAGAGAAGUAUUUCACCAUUUUACUGGAUUAUCUGCAAGGGCUUCAAGGCAGCGCUCGAGACAUAACUGUGCAGAAGGCUGAAGCUUUCAUGAAGGAAUUUGAUGGUUCUGAUGUAGAAGACCCAAAGCUGCUGGAGAAGUGUGAGCGCAUACGACAAGUGCUGCAGCUGCUCUCCUGAGGGUCAUUUUGUCAUUCUGUGUCCUAAUGACUGUCUGGUGGAGAGGAGGAGAGGGUGUCAUCCACAGAGACUCUACGUUAGUUGUAAAGACGUAUUUUCUAAUAGGAAUCCUAAUACUAAAUUUUCAGAUUUUGUAUACUCAUAAUUUUUUCCAAUUACAACUAUUUAUCGUGUUUUGAGGUGAUGAAAUGAGAAUAACUUAUUUGGUCCAUAGACGUGCUAUUAAAAGUGAAAUUACUGCCUAUCUUUAGGAAAAUAAACCUCUCUUUCUUGUGACGUUUUUCUCCACCUCUCCCCGUAGUCACUGUUAAACAAGAGGAGCUUUGCAGUUCUUGGUAAGAAGAGCAAAGGAACCAAUAAAAAGCCCUUUUCCAGUGGCAGCUGGAACCAGUCCCUCUCUGUGGGUCGCUGGGAUUUGGGAUCCAUCGUGGCUGCUCUGUUGGACACGGGCUCUGUAACACAGUUGCUUAUUAAUAAGCACUUUGCAAGGCAAUGCCAUCAGCUUUGAUAGUUUUAAUUUAUAUUAUAAGGUUUCCAAAGGUGUCGUGGCAGUUGUUUAGAUUCUCAGAUAAUGCCCAGCUGGGAAGGGAUCGAAUUGUUUGACUGUUUCUAGUGAAAUCAUCUGAUUUGCCCUAAACUGGGCUGCACGAGGAGUGCUGUGCUGCAGCACUGCCUGCCCAGCCAACGCGGCUUUUCCCUCUUUCUCCUGUAAUUGGUGGCCAAAAGAGUUAAUUUGUGUUCAUUCGCUUUGACGUGGCCCAUUUGUCUCCUAUGAACAUGCUGAAAAUGAGGCUUUCAAGUAAAAAGCAAGGACGUUAAUUACUCAAAA